AUGUAUUACUCACACAUUAUGGAUGCUAGUUCAAGUCAACGUGCUGUUGUUGUUCAAGAUAACGAAUGGUUAUCUUUUGAUAGUAACAGUGGCUUAUUUGAAAAGAAACUUGAUGCUAAUUUAGUCGUUCUUGUUUCUUCUGUUCAUUCACCUCAAGCUCUCUUGCCAACAAGAGAGGCAUCAUUUUAUGUUGAUGAUAAUGAUAUAAACGAAUAUUCCACCUUGGCUAACGACGUAGUCAAUGAUAUCCUAAAGAGUAAUCAAGAUGUUGCCUUGACUACUUUCAAAUCUUCUCGCGUCUGCGUUAAACAUCGCGAUGCAGGUGAACACUGUGUAUGUGGUGAAGAUGAUGAUGACAAGUCCGAAUACUUCAAGCUUUUCUUUUCCAAUUUUAAGACUGAAUUGUUUGAUGAAACUAAAAAGGCAGAUGCUAAAUUCAUGAAUGAAGUUGAAAGCAUUAGACAACACUGGGAUCAACCCGAGUUUCCUUCUGUCAACUUGAUCGAAAUCAACUCUUUAAAGGAACUUGCUGCAGACUAUGGUGUUGAUUCCGAUCAGUACAAGGAAGCAGAGCGCAUCUUUUCUCACUUGUUUGAAAAAUUAAUUAUACCAAACUUUGAAAACGCUUAUCCUCAAAAAUCACUUACUGCUUUCAUCUUCACCCCUAUUCAAACUAUCAACAAGAGAGGCCUUGAUGAUAAUGAUGAUGUUUGCUAUCGUACAGCUAGAGCCUGCAGAAAUGGAACCUCUGGUUGUCAUGGUCAUGGUGAAUGCGUUAAAGCUGGUGAAAGUUGUUUCACUUGUCAGUGCGUCUCUUCUUAUACGGGUGACGCAUGCCAAUACGUUGAUGCUGUAGGUGAUUUCCAAUUGUUGUUCUGGACAAGCGUUCUCUUGAUCGUCACUACUGCUUCUGUUGUUACCUGUGUCUUUAAGAGCGGAAGUAAUUCUGACGCUGGUAUCAUCAUGACCCAGUCUCUUCCAAAGCAAGAAUAA